UUUUAGUGAAGUAGACGAGGUCUGGAGUUUACUGAGGUUCCCCGCGACACGGAUUCAGUAGCUUCACCGACAUACAGAUGGAUGAAAAACUAUCCGAGGAAAAUGGACAGACGGUACCAACACACCAGGAGGAAGAGGAGGAGAUGGAGGUUACUGUGACAACACAACUAGAGAGUGUUACUGUGACCCCUGACAACGCAGACCUGUCUUCACACACAGAAACACAACCGGAGGAGAAAGGAGCUGUACAUACAGACUCAACAGCAGCAGCACUUUCUUUAGACAGUGUGUGUAAGACAGAGGACUGUGAUGAUGACGACGAAGACGAUGACUCAGAGGAUUCAGAUAGUGACAGCUCUUCCUCUUCCUCCUCAUCGUCCUCUUCCUCCUCAUCCUCUUCCUCUCCCUCUGCCCCCAUAUUUGAGGAUGACGAUGACGAGGGUUUCAGCCAACCAGCCCCCAUCAAAAGCAGAGAUGAAGUCCUGCUCGAGGAGCUGCCUGCGGUAGAGGACUUGUGUGUAUCGUUACCAGAGAAUGCAGAACUGCAGCCUGUAGGGACCAUCUCCAGUAUUCUACAGCAGCUUGUUAUCAUCCAGUCUCUGAAAGACACGCCCCCUCUGACUGAUGACAGCAUCAUCUUUAAUUCUGAUAGGUUGGCUGUGGGCAAGGUGUUUGAGGUGUUUGGUCCAGUGUCCAGUCCACUGUAUAUUGUACGUCUGAGCUCUGUGGAGCAGAUAAGCAGCAAGGGGCUGACAGAGGGCCUGACUGUUUAUUAUGCACCGGCAAUCAAAGAGUACACAGGAUACAUCCUCACACAACAGCUUAGACUUUUAAAGGGAUCAGAUGCAUCCUGGAAGAACGAUCAAGAACCACCAGAAGAGGCUUUAGAUUAUAGUGAUGAUGAGAAAGAGCAGGAGGCAAAGAGGAAAGCGAAAAACCUAAAAAAGAAACGGGACCAUAAUAAUACAGAUAAUUCUGCCAACAUUACCCAGAGCACCUUGCUGCAGCAGCAGCAGCAGCAGCAGCAGCAGCAGCAGCAGCGUGAUAACAGGGGCUUCCCACCAAGACAUGCAGGGCCUUCAGUCAGGCACCAGAACCCAAGGAACAAACAGCCACCAUUCAGACACACACGCCCACCACCUGCACACAUAAGUGCACCUCCCAUGUACCUCCCACCUCUCUGUCCUUACCCUCCUCCACCUCCUCAUCAUUUCCCCCCACCCAGCUUCGCUCUCUACCCACCACCUCCUCCUCCUCCAUCUUUCUUCAAUCCAUCUUUCUCUUCUCCUCUCUGGCCACCAAACUCUGUCCCCUUCUCUGACCUCCCUCCUCCUCCUCCUCCCCCACCGCCUCCUCCUCCAUCUCAGUGAUGCCCAACACAUGGUCUGUACACGUGCACACUCACCAGACUUCCUGUUGGUAAAUUUAUGUUGUUUUUUUUUUCUUAUUAGAAAUGUCAUCACGACAGCUGGACAAAUCAUCCAUAUGUAUCAAUCCCUGGCUCUGCUUGUUAGCAGUGUUUAUUAGGCUGUGCAGUCACUGAUAAUAGAAUAUAAUAUUAACUUUAAUGUUGCUGAAGGAGCCAAGUGAUGUGCUGUGAGCAACUGCAUACCCUGCCACUGCUGUGUUUUUAAGUUUUAAACAUUCUUUCAUCAAAUAGUUAUAAUUUCUAAUUAUUUUAUUUUUCCUUCCGAACUUCAUGAACUUAUCUUGGAGACAACCAACCACACUUGUAUUGAUUUCUUUAAUGAAACACUAGCACAGUGUCAAAGACCUUCAAACAAAAUGAAGGUAUGGUAUCAUUUUACUGAGCUAGUGAGACUUAUGUAAGAACAACAGUGUGUGGAAACGUAUCGCUUGGGAAAUGAACUAGUUCUUCUUGGACCAGUUCUGUGGUGUCAUGAGAAAAUAACAGGCCAAUAGUGUGAGGUAAUGUCGGGGUCUCAUGGACUUGAAAUUAAAUACAAUGCGUUCAGAAAGUAUUUAGAUGUCUUUCACAUUUUGUUAUGUUGCAUCUAAACUCAAUGCCACAUAAUGAUAAAACCAAAACAGAAGUUUAGUUUUUUCCCUAAAUUCAUUGAAAAGGAAAACUGAAAUAUCACAUUAAUAUUAUUAUUCAGAUACUUCACUAUAACACUUGGAAUUUAGCUCAUUUCUUUUCAUCAGGCAACUAGCUCUAGGAAGAGACCUAGUUGUUCCUAAACUUCUUCCAUUUAAGAGUUAUGGAUCCCACUGUGUUCUUGGGAUCUCCUUUUUUGUAGCCUGCUCCAGAUCUGAGUCUAAACACAAUCCUGUCUCAUGAAUUCUGCAGGUGGUUGCUUUGACUUCAUGGUUUGGUUUUUGAUCUGAUAUGCUGUGAGACCUUAUAUAGACAGGUGUGUGCCUCAUUGAAUUUACCACAGGUAGACUCCUAGUCAAAGUGUAGAAACAUCUAAAAGAUGAUCUAAACAAAUGGGAGGAUCCUGAGCUAGAUUUCAAGUGUCAUAGCAAAGGGUCUCAAAAUUUAUGUCAAUGUGAUACAUCAGUUUUUCUAAAUAUCUGUUUUUGCUUUGUUAUUAUGUGGUAUUAAGUGUAGAUUGAUGAUACAUAACAAAAUGUGAAAAAAGUGAAGGGGUCUUGAUACUGUCCACAUGCACUGUAUGUUUGAAUGUCAGCAUGAGGCAUCUCAAACAACAUGUCCCACGGCUGAUUUUUGUGUCAUUAUUUGACAGCUAAGUUGACCAACAAGAAAUGUGUGGAAAGCUUGGUGAAUUCUUUCACAUCUGUAGAUGUGGUAAUUAUUUAAGUGCAUUCUAAACACAUUAUUAGUGUAUGACAAGUGUUGCCAUCAGUGUGUUGAAGGAAAUCACAGUCAGCUUUUUAUGCAUCACAGCCUACUCAGUUUCCUUCACACUUUUGGCCAGGUACAUGUAUGAUGCUGUAUAUACAGAAUGGACACAGCAAAUGAUAAUUCAUUUGAUUUUCAGUUAAUAUUAACCUUUAGAGAAACAAAAUAAUGUUAGGCAGGCAUUGAUUUAAUUUUUCUUUUUCCAUUAUGGUUGCACUGCAUAUUUAAAUGUCAAACAUACACUUACUGUGUGUGUUUUAGUUGCUAAAAUGAAAUAACACACAGUUAACUUUGAGUGGAGCAGAAAAAUAUUUUCCAGUCUUUCAUUUCAGUUGCAAAUAAUAAAACAGUUCUACCAAUGGAAAAAAUCACAGUCUGUAAAAUGCUGUAGUUGCAGUUCUAUACUCAGGCUUCAUUAUUUAAAUGUAUCCCAGUGUGUGUUGAUCUGGUCUCAUCUGGAAGUUGUUCCCUACACACAGUUAUGUCUGCACAGAGUGGAAGAUUAAUAUCAGAGAAGAAGCAGCAGCGGUUUGUCUAGACGUCCCAGACAAAUGCUAUGGAAUUUGUUUAAAAUAAUAUUCUUUGUUUGUGGAAGAGCAAUUUCAACUAUAAACUCAGUAUGUUUCAAUGUGAAAGUGACGGUUUAACUGAACUGAAAACUGCCGACCAUACAAAUGUAGACUUGAUACCUUUUUUUACUGGCUGAAAUUGAGCUCUGCUGUUGUCGCUCGUGAUAUUGUAUAUUUCUUUGUUGUUGUUUUUUUUUACCAGAAUUCUUUAUAGAUGUCAACAUUUGCACCAUUUAAAGAAUUGCAUCAAUGGAAAUAAAUGUCUCUGUGUAAAACGUACGUCAGUGUUUUGAGCCACAGUUGGUAAAAUGUUUUGUGUCACACUGUUGUGUAAAGCUGCUGCUGUGUUCAGUCUCUAACAGCCUUUCUCAACAGGACAUUUCUACACACUGAGUGAAAAUGAAAUCUGGCACAAGACAAAACAACAAUUAAACUGGUUAAUAUUUUA